CAAACGGGGUGUUGCCGCCUCUGAGACACAAUCACGCAUCACACAGUAGCAGCAGCAGCAGGGCGAGAGCAUCCCUCCAUCCAUCUAUCCGCCUCUGGGACAACAAGGCUGUUCUGUUUGGUAAAUUAUUGAAGCAUUUUCCUCCUUUCUAUUAUUCAACGCGAUCAAAAGCCGUACGGACGCCGAGAGCGACCAAAACCGACAUCUGGGUGUGGAGGACCGUUUCAGCACCUUGGACAGAGACCAUGGCUCCAAUGGUGGAGGAAGGAGCUCAGCUUGUGGCAGUGCCGGUGGGUGUUGCUGUGGUAAGCGUCUUCGGCCUUGUCUUCACUGUGUCAGCCUUUGCAUGGAUCUGUUGCCAGCGCAAAAACACCAAAUCCCAGAAGACACCUCCCUACAAGUUUGUGCACAUGCUCAAAGGAGUUGACAUCUACCCAGAGAGCCUCAGUGGCAAGAAGAAGUUUGCUGCACCUGCCACCACAACAGCUAACGACAGCAGUAAAACUGAUGUCAAUGGAAACUGCCACACCGCGUCGCCAAUGAGUCCGACUGGCACCGGGAAACCAGCGUCAAGUCCAAAUGGCACCAGACCGGCUCUACAUCUGGAUCUGGAGAAGCGGGAUCUGAAUGGCAACUUUACAACCAAACCGUUUCAUCACCACCACCAGAAGGUGCGGAGCUCCCCGGACCUGGAGCUGCCCUCUCCCCAUGCGGGGUUCACCCAGCCUGGUGUGAUGGACCGCCGUGAUCUCCCUUCUCCAUCCAGCACCCUCUCCAGCCAGGCACCCACCCCGGCUGUGGACCGGCCCCAGGGAGAGGAGAAGGAGGGCGGGCUGGGGACCCUCCACUUUUCCCUGGAAUAUCAACCAGAGAGGAAGGCUUUCAUUGUUCAUAUCAAGGAAGCACAUGGUCUGACCCCAACUGAUGAGCAGUCAUUGACCUCUGACCCCUACAUCAAGCUGACUCUGCUGCCAGAGAAGAAGCAUCGCGUGAAGACCAGAGUCUUACGGAAGACUCUAGACCCCGCCUUUGACGAGACCUUCAGCUUCUACGGGAUACCGCUGGCCCGAGUGUCGGAGUUGGCCCUCCACUUCAUGGUUCUGAGCUUCGAUAGGUUCUCUCGCGAUGAGGUCAUUGGAGAGACCUUGGUACCUUUGUCUGGGAUCGACUUGACGGAGGGCCGAGUCCUCAUGAGCCGAGAGAUCAUCAAGAGGAAUGUUAAGAAGUCCUCAGGUCGAGGCGAGUUGCUGCUCUCCCUGUGCUACCAGUCCACCACCAACACUCUGACCGUUGUCGUUCUCAAAGCUCGCCACCUGCCCAAGACCGAAAACAACGGACCCACAGAUCCGUACGUCAAGGUGAACAUGUAUCAUGGAAAGAAGCGUGUCUGCAAGAAGAAGACUCAUGUGAAGAAGUGUUCCCCCAACCCGGUCUUUAACGAGCUCUUUGUCUUUGACCUGCCCUCCGAGGAGGGCCUGAGGGACACCAGCGUGGAGCUGCUGCUGAUGGACUCAGACACAGGCAACUCACGCUGCCCCAACACUGUUAUCGGGCGCCUGGUGCUGGGCACAUCGGCAGCAGGAACCCCCGGCGAGCAUUGGAGGGAAAUCUGUGACCACCCUCGUCGCCAGAUCGCAAAGUGGCACGUCAUGUCAGAGGAUUAGGAAGCUGGGGGUGUUGGUGGAUUCUGUCAUCCAUAUCCGAUCUGGUCCAACCAGAAGGGCGAUGGAAUGAAGAUGGGCGGGAUCUGACGUCCUGCUUGUCAGUACACAUUGGACUUUUAGCGGGGGUGGGUGGGGAAAAAAAGGGGAGGGGACUUUGAUGUUGUGGGGAGGAUCAUUUCAAGUGAUGUCAUCAUUUAAUCAGUCAUUCAAUCACUUAUCUUUGAAGUUACUGGGGUUCGGCAGGAGGGCGUGGCAUGACAGAAAGGGAACUCCGUAGCUUUAAACGAUCCCAAAGACCGUCACCGCAAAUCACCUGGAAACAUGCAACAUCAUCUCCAUGGCAACAACCAAUUGUCACUGUAACCGUGUGCAGUGCAGAAUGUCUUAAAUGUCGCUAUUACUCUCCUUCUUUUCCUUCUCUUCUCUUCUCUUCUCCUUCUUCUCUUUCUUCAGCUCUUCCUCCUAUAAAUAGUAACCUGUAGUUCAUCGUACGAAACCAGAAUGAACCACAUCUGACAAUGCUGUAAAAAAUGUGGAUUAUUAAAGUUUAUUUUAUAAUGACGAUGCUUUCUUCAUAAAGAUGUAGAUUGUUUUUAUUUAUGUUCUGUUGAUUUGUACCCUUCUGGUUGAUUUUGUUGAACAUGUUUUGUAUGUAUAAGUGGUAUUUCAUAUAUCAUUACUGAAGUACAAGGAAGCCUAAAUUAGGUGGUUUGAGAAUAGACUGGAACGGACUGAGUGCAUUGGGGACAGUAACUGUGGAUGCAUUUAUGUGUGUGUGUGUGUGUGUGUGUGUGUGUGCGUGCGUGCGUGCGUGCGUGCGUGCGUGUCUGUCAAAAAGAGUGUGCUGAUACAACUGUGCGACUGUGUGAAUGUGUUAGCUCUAAAGAGAUGUGAGCCACAUAAUGUUUACUGUAGGUGUUUUGUCCCCCUUACUGUGAGCACAAAGACAGCUGAAAUGUAAAUGUAUGUACCUUACUAUAAAAUAUGGCAAGUUCUGAGAAAAAAACA